AUGAGUGAGUAAGAUUAGCCUACAAAUUCACGUUAUUCGACUCUCUAAUCCAAUAAUUAUUAGAGUUAAUUAUUGACAACUCAUUUUGGAAAACUAUUGGAUAAAAACGAAGCAUUCUUCAAUCAUCUCAAAGGGGAUUGUAUUUGUGGCAGAUGCAUAUGUGGAUAAUGCAAAUGUCCAAAAAUGCUUUUGUCAAAUGAUUUUAAGAAAGGAUAAGAAUCAUUAUAUUAAAGGGAUUUUAUCACUCAUGGCAAAUAGAAGUAAAUUCCUCUUAUUGAUCAUAAUGUAACUUACAAGAGUUAAUUGCCAAUGGAUAUUGAUACAAUUUAAAGAAGCACAUAUUAAGCUCACACUGAUGCUAAGCCAGCAGAAUCUUUAAAACCUGAACAAAAAGUGUUUUUGAUUCCAUUCAGUAGUUCCUCAGCCUACAGGCUUGACUACGCUGGAGGUGGAAUGUCUUCUCUUAAGAUUAAUCCUCCUCAUCAUCCUACUGUAGUAGACAUGCCAAUGACUACUCAUUCAACCUAUCAGGAUAACUUUUAUAAAAAGCCCAUCCCAAGAGAAGAAUUUCUAACAACUGCAAAUAAAAGCAGCUUUAAAAGUCCAAUAUCACCCGAAUUGCCUUUUAUUCAUCAAUCUACAAAUAGUGCUUUUUAUAAGCCUUAUCAAACUGGAAAAUUGAAUAAAAUUGACUCUGAAUAAAAAGUUAGAAUGAUUCCAGCUUUUGAUGGUUAAUUUAAUUCAACUACUUAAAAAGAUUUUGAUGAUAAGAAUCCAAAAAAAUGCCCAUCAAGAGUUUUUUUGAACUCUUUAUACAAAUAAAAACUUUAAUAAAUUGCUUGA